AUGGAGCUGCCAUUGGGCGGGCCGGUGCUGAGGCAUUACACCCGCAGUCGACCACGACCACACCGACAGAACCAGCACCACCGGCCCAGCAGGACACAGGACCCAGUUGUAGACAGUGAGAAUGAGGCUCCAGAGCUGAAUGGGAGGGUGGACGAGGGAGUUGAGGAGUUUUUCACAAAGAGACUCCUCCCUGCCGACACCCUAAAACAGCAGGAUGAAGAAGUGCAGGUGGUUGAGCCAGAAGUGGCUCCAGCCAGUGCUGCCCCCUGCCCCGCCCCCUCCAGGACCCUCAGGAAGAAGCUGGGCGAGUUCUUUACCCUGAGAAAAAGGCGCGGCUUAAAGUCAGAAACAAGUCAGGAGGGGCGGACAAAAAAAACAUCCAUCGCAGAUCUUAUUCGGCCCCUCAGGGAUGCUGCAAGGGCCGAGAAGGACAAACUGAAGGAACAUGACAAAGACAAAGAGCGGGAGAAAGAGAAGGAAAGUGACGUCGCUGUCAUUGGAGAAUCAGUUGCCGUGGUGACGGAGUCCUCUGGCCCCACCCCUCUGCGGGGGGAGGCUCAACCCCGCCGGGUGAUGAGGGAGGGGAAGUCCCAGUCUCUCAUUCUGCUGUCCGGCUCCACAGCAACCAGUGCUGGGGGAGCCAGAAACACCACACAUGGGAAGAAACACUCCAGCGAGGGCCAGCACAGCUUUGAACAGAAGCUGCAUCUCAUGCUGCAACGCAUUGGUGUGUCCAAAGCCCCACCAGAAGAGACGCAGAGUCAGGAGGGGGAGAUGAAGAAGGCAGAAUCUGAGGGCACCAUCAUUGACAACAAACCUGAUCCAACAUCAGCUUUCAUGAAACCUCGGACAAUGUCCACCUCCUCAGACACAAGACGGCCGAUCAGACUCAGUGCCUCAGCCCAUGAGGCUGCAGGAAAACCGGCUCUGCCUCCAAAGCCCCUCAUUAAGUCUGGCUCAGGCCCUGCCCACACCAGUGGGCGCAACACCCCUGAGAAUGAGCUGACUCAGAUACAGGAAGGAGAGACGUCUCCACCUGCACCCAGCCCACACGGAGCUACUGCCACCCACUUUGAAACCAUCUCCCCCACAUCGUCAUGUGACCCUUCCAUCUCUAACAGCACUGCUGCUCCCAUCCCUACUGGAUCUCCCACCCCCUGCCCGACCUCUGACCAGACUAACUCUAUCACCCCCAUUCUCGACCAGACUAACUCUAUCACCCCCAUUCUCGACAAGACUAAUUCCGUCACCCCCACCCCUGACCAGACUAACGCUGUCACCCCCACCCCCGACCAGAACCAGACUAACUCUAUCACCCCCAGCCCUGAAAAGACUAACUCCUCCUCCCCAGACCAGACUAAAUCCAUCACCCCCACCCCCGACCAGCCGAACUCUUCCUCCCCAGAUGAAACUAACACCAUCACCCCUACCCCUGAUGAGACUAACUCCACCACCCCCACUCCUAACCAGACUAACUGCUCCUCCUCAGACGAGGCUAACUCUAUUACCCUCACCCCCGACCAGCCUAACUCCUCCACCCCAGUUCAGAUUUAUUCCUCCUCCCCAGACCAGACUGACUCUGUCACCCCCACCCCUGACCUGCCUAAUCCGGGCCCCACCACCACACAAGAGAAGCCUGAAAAGAACGGAAGCGAUGAAAGCCAGAUGGAUGAAGAUGACAAGAAGGACACAGAGAAAGUCAAAGUAAAUAAGUCAGUGGAUGACAGCAUUGGAAGGAUAGAAGUGAGUAAAGAGGAGGACCUGAAAAGAGUAGAUGAGAUUAACUGA